AUGGAUCCUGCUAUUAUUUUGUUUGUAUUCAUAUUUGUUUCAGUUUGCUUCUGCCUUUUAAUAUUCCUUAGCGCAUAUAGGGUAUUCUCUGGCGGUUCUGAAAGAAAUGAAUACAGCUUCCUUGGAUCAGAAAUAUUAGGAUCAGAAGUUCCUCGUGAGUUUUUGAACGACGAAGAGGCAUUGAAUCAUUUGGCCUCGGAAUACGAUUUCACACAUUUGUCCCCUGAAGAGCAAUUCUCUUAUUUAAGAGGUGAGGAAUUUACUAAAACUAAUCCUCCAAACUUUCAUAAUACAAGGGGUAAAUCAUAUUCUAAUGAGGAUGAUAUGUUGCUUAAGGAGCGUGGUAUUAAUGCAUUUGAGUUCGAACAAGACGCAGAUAUAUUACGUGGGCGCUAUAUAGUUGCUGAUAAAACAGAGAUUAACUUUCAUAAUAACGAUACUCCCUAUUCUACUGCAACUUCCAUAUUGAAUUACAGUCUACCAGUCAAAAACAGAGCGUAUUCAGAUACUGUUUAUUUUGAGGUUAAGGUGUUUGAAUUUCAAAAUGGCAGCGAAAAUCCAAAUGGCCAUUUUGCCAUUGGAUUAGUAACUAAACCUUAUCCUAGCGAUUUUCGUUUGCCGGGCUACAACAAUUUCUCCAUUGCAUAUGAAUCAACUGGUAACUUGAAGAUCAACAAACCUUUCCCAACGCCAUUACAACAACAUCAAGGAGACAACAGUCAAUAUAAUGCAUUAGUUUUGCCUCCAUUACAACAGUCAGAUAUUGUUGGAUUUGGUUAUGUCGUGAGUACUGGUACUUUAUUUAUUACACGCAAUGGCAAGAAAGUUAUGGAUGUCAUGAGGGGAUGUUUCAUAGACUUGUAUCCUGCUGUGGGUUGCUUUCUGUCGAAUGCUAAAUUUCAAGUUAAUUUAGGUCAAUUAGGUUUCGUCUGGAUUGAGGCUAAUGUCAGAAAGUAUGGCUUUGUUUCAAAUAGUGAUUAUAAGAAAAUCAAAGGCGAGCAAGGUUUGGCUGCACUCCCAGAGUAUGGUAAUUCCAGUGUCGCUGAGGGUGAUAAGCUUCUUGAAAUGGGAGAAGAACUUCCACCACGAUACCCAGAAGAUGAAUUAGAUUUUUUUGGAAGAUCAUCAAAAGACAUUCUUAAAGUGGGCUCGUCUUCGAAGUCUCAAAAUAAGACCAAGUCAUUUUCAAAUAAUGAAAAACAAGAUCUCGAAGAAAUUAAUGGUGAGCCUAAGGUUGCCGAAGAGCACCGUUCAUCGUUAAUUACCGAUGAUCCUGAAGAAGUCAUGGAUUUAAGAGAAAGACUCUAUGAGCAGAAUAUUACUGGGCCCGUAAGUGAACUUAGUUCGGAAAGAGCACCAUUAAUCGGAAAUAAUGAAAGUCAAUCGGAAUUCUACGUUAACGCAAAGAGUGCGACAUCUUCUAGAGAAGGAAAUACUGAAACUGAUUUAAAACAGGUGACAGACGAGGAACCUAAUUCGUCGCAGGAAUUAACAAAAGCUGCUCAAAAUGAUUCCAAUAUAUCAAAGACAAGCAGAACGAAAAAGAAGAAGAAGAAUAAGAAAAAUUCUAAAAAAAAUAAGAAGAAGUAG